GGCGGGCGGCGGGGGCCGCGCGCUCUGUGAGGCGCCGGCCUGCGCGCGCGGCUGGAGGCGGCGGCCGGGGAUGCGGCGGCGCCCGGCCUGAGCCCGCGCCCGGCCAUGUCGGCGGCCAAGGAGAACCCGUGCAGGAAAUUCCAGGCCAACAUCUUCAACAAGAGCAAGUGUCAGAACUGCUUCAAGCCCCGCGAGUCGCAUCUGCUCAACGACGAGGACCUGACGCAGGCAAAACCCAUUUAUGGUGGCUGGCUGCUCCUGGCUCCAGAUGGGACUGACUUCGAUAACCCAGUGCACCGCUCUCGGAAAUGGCAGCGCCGGUUCUUCAUCCUCUACGAGCACGGCCUUUUGCGCUACGCCCUGGAUGAGAUGCCCACCACCCUCCCUCAAGGCACCAUCAACAUGAACCAGUGCACAGAUGUGGUGGACGGGGAGGGCCGAACAGGCCAGAAGUUCUCCCUGUGCAUUCUGACCCCUGAGAAGGAGCACUUCAUCCGGGCAGAGAGCAAGGAGAUCAUCAGCGGGUGGCUGGAGAUGCUCACUGUCUAUCCCAGGACCAACAAGCAGAACCAGAAGAAGAAGAGGAAGGUGGAGCCCCCCACACCACAGGAGCCAGGGCCGGCCAAGAUGGCCGUCACCAGCAGCAGCAUCCCCAGUGCGGAGAAAGUCCCCACCACCAAGUCCACGCUCUGGCAGGAAGAAAUGAGGGCCAAGGACCAGCCCGAUGGGAGCAUCCUGAGUCCAGCUCAGAGUCCCAGCCAGAGCCAGCCUCCUACGGCCAGCACCCUGGGGGAGCCAGGGCUGGAGAGCAGAGACGAGGAGAGCACCACGAGCAGUGACCGCGUGGACGGUGGCCGCAAAGUCCGGGUGGAGAGCGGCUACUUCUCCCUGGAGAAGGCCAAGCAGGACGUGAAGGCCGAGGAGCAGCAGCUGCCCCCGCCGCUCUCCCCCCCCAGCCCCGGCACCCCCACCAACAGGUACAGUGGCUCUGGCCCGCCCUCGCAGGAGCUUGGCCAUCCCCUUCCUCCCCCAGGUCCUCAGCCCCCCGGCCGAACCAUCUGCAGCAGCUCCUUCAGCUCCCGGGACACGGCCAGCCAGCCCCCUGCCCACGUGGACUCCUGCAGCGCUGGGGGGCGGGGAGCAGAGAGACCGGGGCGCGCCUCUGCCUUUAAAGCCAGCAGGCAGUAUGCCACCCUGGCCGACGUCCCUAAGGCCAUCAGGAUCAGCCACCGAGAAGCCUUCCAGGUGGAGAGAAGGCGGCUGGAGCGUAGGACUCGGGCCCGCAGCCCUGGCAGGGAAGAGGUGGCCCGUCUGUUUGGCAGCGAGCGGAGGAGGUCCCAGGUAAUAGAGAAAUUUGAGGCCUUGGACAUCGAGAAGGCAGAGCACAUGGAGACCAACUCGUCGGCCGGGCCCUCGCCGUCCAGCGACACUCGCCAGGGCCGCAGCGAGAAGCGGGCGCUCCCCAGGAAGCGGGACCUCCCCAGUGAAGCUCCUCUCCCGGAUGCCUCGGCCUCCCCCCUGUCUCCACACCGAAGAGCCAAGUCACUGGACAGGAGGUCCACGGAGUCCUCCCUGACGCCUGACCUGCUGAAUUUCAAGAAGGGCUGGCUGACCAAGCAGUACGAGGAUGGCCAGUGGAAGAAACACUGGUUUGUCCUUGCUGAUCAAAGUCUGAGGUUCUACAGGGACUCAGUGGCUGAGGAGGCAGCCGACUUGGAUGGGGAAAUCGACUUGUCUGUGUGUUACGACGUCACGGAGCACCCGGUGCAGAGAAACUAUGGCUUCCAGAUCCAUACGAAGGAGGCCACCUUCACCCUCUCCGCCAUGACGUCUGGGAUCCGGCGGAACUGGAUCCAGACCAUCAUGAAGCACGUGCACCCGGCCUCCGCCCCGGACGUGACGAGCUCGCUGCCGCCGGGCAAGGACCGGAGCGGCUCCCCCUCAGAGACGAGGCCGCGGGAGAAGCAGGACGGGGAGCCCGGGGACCCUGACCCCGAGCAGAAGCGGAGCCGAGCUCGCGAGCGCAGGCGGGAGGGCCGCUCCAAGACCUUUGACUGGGCCGAGUUCCGCCCCACGCAGCAGGCCCUGGCCCAGGAGAGGGCCAGUGCCCCGGGGCCUGCCGCCCCCCGGCCCGAGGCGGAACCGGGCGAGCUGGAACGGGAACGCGCGCGGCGGCGGGAGGAACGGCGCAGGCGCUUCGGGGCACCAGGUGGGGCCGACGGGCCCGGGGCCGACGACACGGCCCUGCGCAUGGAGCUUGACCGGGGCCCGGGGCCACCCGCGCCCGCUGACCUCAGGACCCAGAACGUGCACGUGGAGAUCGAGCAGCGGUGGCAUCAGGUUGAGACCACCCCUCUCCGGGAGGAGAAGCAGGUGCCCAUCGCCCCCCUACACCUCUCCUCCUCCGAGGACGGGAGUGACCGGCUGUCCGCUCCCGCGCUGACGUCUCUUCUGGAGAAGGAGUUGGAGCAGAGCCAGAAGGAGGCCUCAGACCUCCUGGAGCAGAACCGGCUGCUGCAGGACCAGCUGAGGGUGGCUCUGGGCCGGGAGCAGAGCGCCCGGGAGGGCUAUGUGCUGCAGACCGAAGUGGCCACCUCCCCGUCCGGCGCCUGGCAGAGGCUCCACAGAGUCAACCAGGACCUGCACGGCGAGCUGGAGGCCCAGUGCCAGCGCCAGGAGCUCAUCACACGGCAGAUCCAGGCCCUGAAGCGCAGCUACGGGGAGGCCAAGGACGCGAUCCGGCACCACGAGGCCGAGAUCCGGAGCCUCCAGGCGCGGCUCGGCAGUGCCGCCGCCGAGCUCACCAUCAAGGAGCAGGCUCUGGCCAAGCUGCAGGGCGAGCUGAAGCUGGAAAAGGACAAGGUCCGCGAGCAGCUGGAGGAGCGGCAGCACAGCGAGGCCGCGCUGCACGCCCAGCUGCGCGCCAGCGAGCGCAAGCUCCAGAGCGCGGAGGCCCUGCUGCUGGGGAGGACGCAGGAGCUGCGGGACCUGGAGAGGCAGCAGGCGCUGCAGCGGGACCGGCAGAAGGAGGUGCAGAGGCUGCAGGAGCGCAUCGCCGACCUCAGCCAGCAGCUCAGUACCAGCGAGCGGGCCCAGAGGCUGAUGGAGGAGGAGCUGCAGAGGAACUACGCGCUGCUGCUAGGGAGCUGCGAGCGGGAGAAGCAGGAGCUGCUGCAGAGCCUGAAGGAGGCAGAAGACAGGGCCAGCGCCUUCGAGGACCGGCUGCAGGACCACGCACAGCAGAUGGAGGUCCUGCAGAAGGAGCAGCAGAGCGCCACGUCCGAGGGCAGCGCGGCGGUGCCCCGGCUGGAGGAGCAACUGCAGGUGAAGGAGGCCAGCAUCCAGAAGCUGGCCGAGCACGUCCAGAGCCUCCAGGACGAGCGGGACCUGAUCCGGCAGCGCUUCCAAGAGCUGACGGGCCGCGUCAGCCUGUCCGACGGGGACGUGGCUGCGCUGCAGGAGAAACUGAGGGGGAGGGAGGCCGACUGCCAGCGCCUGGAGCACUCCUACCUGAGGGUGGCCGGCCAGCUCCAGGGCGCGCACGCGCGGCUCCAGGAGAAGGAGGAGGAGCUGAGGCGCAUCCAGGAGGCGCACGAGAAGGCCCUGGAGAGGAAGGAGCGGGACCUCCAGGAGGCACUGGUUAAGAUGGCUGCCUUGGGGAGCAGCUUAGAGGAAACAGAAGUGAAGCUUCAGGCGAAGGACGAGGUUGUAAGGCAGUUUGCCAAGGGGCCUUUGGAGGGUGCCGAGGAGCCGCCGAGCUCCCUGGAGGAAGCCGAGGAGGACGGUGUCGCACACGCAUGCCCGCAGCUCCAGGCUGCCAGCACAUCUCCGGGCCUCCCCAGCUCGAGGCUGGAGGACGCUGCCCCGGAAGAGGAGCACGGAGAGGGCAGCCCCAGGAGGGAAGAGAGCGCGGUGCCCCCGAGCUCGGACGCGCCCGACAGGGAGGGGCACCUGCAGGGCUCCUCAAAAGCUGACCAGGGAGCACCUGGGGUUAAGAGGCAAAGAAUCCGGUUCUCUACAAUCCAGUGCCAAAAAUACACCCACCCUGACGGGUCCGAGAGGGCCUGGGCCAGCAGCACGUCCUCUGACACCAGUCAGGACCGCUCGCCCUCGGAGGAAAGCAUGUCGUCAGAGGCCACCCCUGGCUCGCUCCCCGCGACCAGCGACUCGGAUGCCUACUUGUCCAUCAUCCACUCCCUGGAGACCAAGCUCUACGUCACCGAGGAGAAGCUCAAAGACGUGACGGUGAAGCUGGAGAGCCAGCAGGGCCAGAGCCAGGAGGCCCUGCUCGCGCUGCACCAGCAGUGGGCCGGCACCGAGGCGCGGCUCCGCGAGCAGCUCCGUGCCAGCCUGCUCCAGGUCGCCACGCUGGCCUCCCAGCUGGAGCAGGAGAGACAGGCGAGGGCAGAGGUGGUCGAGAGCCACGCUGGGGAGCUCGGCGACUUCCAGGUGAAAAACAGCCAGGCCCUGGCUUGCCUGGAGAGCUGCCGAGAGCAGCUGCGGUCUCUGCCCGGGGACGCGGGGGCGGGGCUCCUGGCCGGCGUGGAGCACUUGCUCGUUGGCGCCAUCCAGGCCUCGCAUUCCCGGCCAGCUCCCGCAGGGGAGGCUAGUUUCUUGGAGGGAGAGGGAGCGCUGUCACGACAGCCACCACACCUGCCAGAGCUGAGUGAGCAGGAGCAGCUCCAGCUCCUUUCUGACCAGAUCGCUCUGGAAGCCAUGCUGAUAGACCAGAUAGCAGACUCGCUGAGGAACACCACCUCAGACGUCUCGCGCGUCCUCCUCGAGGUCUCUCAGUCAGCAGAGUGGCCGCUGGAGCCUGAAGGUGCCGUGGUCCGUCCUGGGGCCCCAGUGGACGCCUGGGCCAAGAAGGUGCUGGUGGAUGGAGAGUUCUGGAGCCAGGUCGAGGCCCUGAGCCGACACCUGGAGGCACUGGGGGCAGAGGCGGGCUGCGCCGCGGGAGGUGGGCGGCCGAGUGCCCCGCCAGCCCUGGUCCCCCCGCUGGCCGAUGCCACCUGGGUCAGGGCAGAGCUCAGCCUUGCUGCGCACGCGGUGAGGGAGUCCCUGCACCGCAGGCUGCGGAGCGUCCAGGAGGCCCUGCAGCAGCACAGGCGCAUGCUGGGGGAGCUCCUGGGGGCCUACCAGACGCCCAGCUUCGAGAGGGUGAUGCAGCAGGUCUCGGAAGCCCUGCAGCUUCCAGCGGGCACUGGAGAUGGUGUCCAGGUGUCCUGGGCCGGGAGCCCACCGGGAGACGUACCGGGACAUCAGGACCCCGCUGGCUCCCGGGUUCCCUGUCCCUCGUCCAGCCAGAGCUCUGGGGCCUUGGUCGCUAUUCAGGAAGAUCUCGCCCUGCAGCUUAAAGAUAGGGCCAGUCUCCUGAGGGAGAUUUCUGCCGCUUUAACCUCACUUCCCUCUGUGGAGGCAGUGAGAGACUGUCAGACGCUUCUCCAGGCAUCCCGGCACCUCUCCCGUAGCGCUUGUCUGGGAGGCCUCGGCCAGUAUUCUUCCUUGUUAGUUCAAGAUGCGAUUAUUCAGGCUCAGGUGUGUUAUGCAGCGUGCAGGAUCCGGCUGGAGUGUGAGAAGGAGCUCUGGGGCUAUGGGGAGUCCUGGCCGGGCAGGGGGGCCUCCUGCCAGGAGCGCGAGCCAGCUGUGGGGGCCCUGAGGGAGGAGUACGAGGGGCUCCUCCGCCAGCAGAAGAGUGAGUACCUGGAGGUGAUCGCCGUCAUCGAACAGGAAAACGCGGAGCUCAAGACCAAGGCCGCCCAGCUAGGCUGGCCGCAGAGGCGUCUGGAGGAGGUGCGGAGCCAGCGCAGCGGGAGCCUGGCUGCCGGGCGAGGGCUGUCGGAGGAGGAGGGGGCCAGCUCUGCAGGGCAGCAGCUGAGCCGAGUGCAGGGCACCUGCGGCAGGGUCCUGGGCCAGCUGGACGCCUCGGCCGGGGAUGGGCAGGGUCUGGAGAGGCAGCCCGUGGAGCAGGUGCAGACCCUGGAGGACAGGUUCCAGCUCAAGAUAAGGGAGCUGCGGGCCAUCCACGAGGAGGAGCUGCGGGCCCUGCAGGAGCACUACUCGCAGACCCUACAGUGCCUGCGGGAGACUCUGCGCCGCUACCAGGGGCGGUCCCCUGCUGCCCCACCGGCCCCCGGGCCCCCGUCCUCCAGCCAGCCGGCCGAGGGGGAGACUGACUCCGUGAAGGCGCUGAAGGAACGCAUCCAGGAGCUGGAGGCCCAGGUGGACGUCCUUCGGGAGGAGCUGGAGCACAAGGACCCGGCGGGGGGCGCAGCCUCGCUGCGGGAGGAACGCCAGAGGGACUUUGAGAGCCUCAAGGCCACGUGCGAGCGAGGGUUUGCAGCCAUGGAAGAGACGCACCAGAAGAAGAUCGAAGACUUGCAGAGGCAGCACCAGCGGGAGCUAGAGAAGCUGCGGGAGGAGAAAGACCGCCUCCUGGCCGAGGAGACCGCGGCCACCAUCUCAGCCAUCGAAGCCAUGAAGAACGCCCACCGCGAGGAGAUGGAGCGGGAGCUGGAGAAGAGCCAGCGGUCCCAGAUCAGCAGCGUCAACGCAGAUGUCGAGGCCCUGCAGCGGCAGUACCUGGAGGAGCUGCAGUCCGUGCAGCGGGAGCUGGAGGUCCUCUCCGAGCAGUACUCGCAGAAGUGCCUGGAGAACGCCCACCUGGCCCAGGCGCUGGAGGCCGAGCGGCAGGCCCUGCGGCAGUGCCAGCGUGAGAACCAGGAGCUCAAUGCCCACAACCAGGAGCUGAACAACCGCCUGGCUGCAGAAAUCUCACGGCUGCGGACGCUGCUGACCGGGGACACUGGUGGCGAGGCUGCUGGCUCGCCUCUCGCGCAGGGCAAGGACGCCUAUGAGUUAGAGGUCUUAUUGCGGGUCAAGGAAUCAGAAAUUCAGUACCUGAAACAGGAGAUCAGCUCCCUCAAGGAUGAGCUACAGACGGCGCUGCGGGACAAGAAGUACGCGAGUGACAAGUACAAAGACAUCUACACGGAGCUCAGCAUCGUGAGGGCAAAGGCCGACUGUGACAUCAGCAGGCUCAAGGAGCAGCUGAAAGCCGCGACGGAAGCGCUGGGUGAAAAGUCCCCGGAAAACACCCCCGUGUCCGGAUAUGAUAUAAUGAAAUCUAAAAGCAACCCUGACUUCCUGAAGAAAGACAGGUCCUGUGUCAGCCGGCAACUCAGAAGCAUCAGGUCCAAGAGUCUGAAGGAAGGCCUGACGGUGCAAGACUGCCUGAAGCUCUUUGAGUCCAGGGACCUGGAGCGUGACUAGCUAUUCCCGUGCAGCUGGGAUGCACCCCCGGCUGCGGCCGCCGCCCUCGCCUGUACCUCCCUCUUUAUUACGUUGCCGUCGCCGUCCUCACUGACUGUGGAUGCAUGAGAGGCCGGCCUGUGGGCCGCUCACCCCACUCCCUGUCAUCUUUAUCCCAGCUUCCCCUGUGGUUUUCUACACCCGGCCCAGCCGAGGGGCCGAGCGUGUGCGGCCCUCCCCCGUCGCCCCCGUGCGCACAUCAGUAUUAAGGCCCAGCAGCCUGUGAUAAGCUAGCUCUGUCUCGCCCAGCGCGCCGUGGGGUCAGGGCCUGGGCGGGUGCCUGGGAGAGAACCGGCCACGAGGCGUGGAGGCGUGCGCUGACAGCUCGCAGCCACGGGAGGAUCCGGGGGGGGGGGGGGAGUGGGCCCGGCGCGUGGCCUGCAGCCUGGGUGACCACCUUUGGGCUUGGGAGGAGGACAGCAUUUUGUAUCUGUUCCACUAAUGCCGCUUAGAACCACACCCCAGAUAAUCGUGGUAAACCUUUCACAACCUGGAAAAUGUUGAAAGCAGCCAUUCCUAUUUUUGUUCGUUUUUUAUUAAAUCUUGCACAAAACCCGGCCCCUCUCCUUCCUUUCUACGCUCGCUUCUUUCUUGGUCAUCAGGAACCCUGGUCUUUUCAUACCAGGUAGAUGCUGACCUGCAGCCUGGGGCUCCAGACUGACUGCAGGUAAUGACGGGAGUUCCCCUCAGACCCUUUGGGGGAGAGGACUCAUGCCUUUCAUCUUUCCGAAAGGAGGCCUCCACUUGCUUGCUUGACAGGAGACCCUAUGUUAAGUCAAGAAGGUAGAGAGGAUGUUGAAACCGGAUGAAAACUGGCCGCUGUGAUGUGUUCUUAACUUGCCUCCAGUUCACCUGAGCUCUGAGGCCGUGUGGCUCGGGGGCGCCCGCCCUGAGCCUGGACCACCGGCUCUGCUUCCUCAGUGGUCCGGACAACAAGCCUUGUCGCCACCUCCAGGCACUGCACGGCACCUCCUGAGAGCCUCUGGAAUUGGGGUUUCCAUGCUGGCCCCCGAAAGCUCCUCAUCCUGUCAGGGCGGGAGCCAGCCCUGCCGCCCGGGCGCUGGGAGGAAGGCCACCUGCCUGGUGGCAUCUGCCGCUGCCCUGCCGCCUGUCGAGAGCGCACGUCCCGUCCGCUUAGUGCUCAGGUGGGCACCACGGUCUCGGGUAUGUGGAUACUUUGGGGUGAAAAUGUAGAAAUCAUCUUGCUCAGUUUCUAGAUUAAGGGAAGGCACGAGGUCGUCUGGGGAACGUCCUGCAGGCGGGGCAGGACCGAGGCCGGGGGGUGCGCGCCACGCAGCCCGCACCGCCUCCUCACGGGACCACCUCAGCACUCCCGGCUGCACCCGGCCCUCCCUGCUCACGAGCUGUUCAGGGUCUUACGCCGCACCGGUCACGCCUUUGCUGCUACCCUUCCGAGUUUCUAAAAGCAGAGAACGUCAGCUCCUUUAAUUCUGCUCACCAGACACCCCUGCCACGUAGACUGGCACCGUCCCCAGGACGGUCUGCAAGUGUGUCAUCGAGGGCAGAGGGACGGCAGCUCCGAGGACCUGCGGGCGGCUGUCUGGGCGCUGUGACUGGCUUCGCGCCCUCCCUCGUGCACGUGCCCCUCUGAGCUGGGCGUGCCCUGUGCUGCCCCUGUCUCCCCCCCCCCCCCCCCCCCCCCCCCGCCGCGCGCGCGGAGUGUCUGCGCCCAGAGUUGGGCUCUGUCUGCCCGGCGUCGGUGCUUUUGAUUUGGCCAAAAGAGCAUCUUAUUCACAUGUCUUGACCAGUUAUCCCUCGAGGUCCAGCCUCAGGAGUCCUGGGGCACAGACGUGUUGGCGGCAGCACCUGGGCUCGCGGGCAGAGAUGGGGAGAGCCCUGCCACUGCCCCCACUCCCCCGCGGGCAGCAGGAUGUGCUCCCCGCGGCUCCGUCUGGAGGUGGUCAGGACGUGCACUGCGAACGCUCACGCAGCCAAGCAGUGACCCCCGGCAGUGCUGGACGUCAGGACCCGCUGACGGCUGUCGUCUGGCCUGGAACCAGGUCUGAGUUCGGGCUGGCACGAGCAGGCAGGACAGAACAGCUGAGUGUCCCAGCCCGGCCCCUGCCGCACAGUGUCCUCCGGACGCUCCCUGCGGGCACCCAAGCUCCGGGGUGGGAGUUCAGCCACCAGACUCCAGAGGGAGGGAGGAACACAGAUGCAGAGGCGGAGAUGGUUUAUGCGCUGGUAGAGAAAGGGCCCUCGGGGGACUGGGGACAGGGAAGGGCGGGGGAACACGAGCCCAGGGUGCCCCCGGCACUUACCCGGCAGGGGAGCGUCCCCACGUCCCCAGGGAGGAAAAGGUAAUGUUUUCCUGUAAACGUCUACUCCUUCGAGACUUGUGAGCACCUGCAGCUAAACCAAGCCGGACAGACCAGCGGGACAGCUGGACAGGCCAACGGCACCUGACGGCUCUGUGAACACCUGCGGCGCCUGCGGUCCCAGCGCCGGGCUCACGGCUGCCUCCGCUCGGGUGUGCCGCCGGGGCCCGGGCAGCUCUGAAGCCAGCGUUCCCGGUGACUGUGCCAGCUGUGCUGCGACACGUGGGCUUGUGCCGUUAGGCGUCGGCACGAGCAUGGCUUUGUGGGAGGACGCCAUGGCUGUGCUGGGGUGACCAGUGGAGGCAAGGUGGGAGCCCAGCUGCAGGGGGAGGCAGAGAACGAGGAAAGGCCCAGCCGCUGGCCGCUUACACGGAACCUGUGAUUCGCGGGGUCCAGUCCCAGGCACCAGCUCAGUGACCCAACAACUGGGCACCGAGGCUUCAUGCGGACCAGGCUUGGGAAGAGGGAACUACCUGAAAGGAGUCUGUCAGAUGAGGCCAGGAGACCGGACUGAUGGCCUCAGUCUCUCACAGACGUCUUUUUAACGCCGUUGCUCUGUGAAGGGAGCAAUUCUUUUCAUCACUGUGCCUGGCGGCCCUGUCCACAUCCCCUGAAUAAUACCUGAGGGGCCUGGAGGCCAAGCACCCACCCUGAACCCUCCUCUGCAGCUGGGUGCCGGCAGGCAGGCACGUUCUCCUCCCCGAGGCCGAGGUGUCUCCCCCGAGCAGCGCGCACCAGGCUUCUCCCCGCCGCUCACAUGGGACGUCUGAGCUUGCAGGCGGUUCUUCUCCAAGGACUCAGAGCUGUUUUCCGUUAGAGUGAAAAGAACGCAGCCCGUCAGCAGUUCUUUUUCCUGAAAGUAAGCUUCCUCGUCACUGUCCUAAGGAAGCUUGGAAUUUAACACUUGCCUUUCAAGACAGUUUCAUAAAAAUACUGAACACUAGCCCUUUACCAUGUAGAAAGGGGAGGAAAUAGAAGUGUUGCGAAGUUUUACAAAGGACAGGGGAAGUGUGCAGUAUUAGACUUAAAGAAAUGAAAUACUAGAAGGAAAAAGGGUUUGGCUCCUGAACUGGAAGCUUCUCUGGAAACUGCAGGCAUUCGGGACAUGUCACACCCCAGUCCUGGACGGUCCGGCACUCGGUGUUUCCUGUUGAACAGGGAUCUGCUUUACAGGCAGGCUGUGCCUGCUGCCCGAGCGCCGCCUCCACUCAGCCGUGACUAACCCAGCGCCGCCCCGGGAGAGGCCGCGGGCGGCCUGCUGACCGCUGACUCCUCCUUUCAUGGGGAGCAUCUGCACAGCCACCUUGUCCCCCCCGUGGUCGUGGCUCUGCCGCCUCCGGUCCCUCUCAGCGGGGGUCCCGGACGGCUCCGCAGACUCGGAGGGGCCGCCAGGGCGCUGGGAGGCGUGAGCGCAGGCGUCAGACUCCCAAGUCCGGGAAAGGUCUUCCUCGCCGGAGGGCAGGUGGAAGGUCGCGUCCUCCCCUGCUCUCGGCACCGAGUGCAGGACGCCGGGGACACUCCCGCCGCAGCAGGCCCAGCCCAGCCGUCCUCAGCCCGCUCUCAGGCGGCAGUUGUGUUUUUGUACAGUUUUGUAUAUUUUCACACGUGUACACUUCUGCAAGGCCGUCCGUUCUACAGUUGAAGACUGAAAUAAGCCACAGCCUGACGUGAGGGCUCCGAAACGGUGUGUUUUGGGUUCUCUGAUAGGAAGACAGGACAGAAACGCAGUAUGGACGUGAACUGUCACUCUCGAGUUUCGUCUGCUGGAAAAGACCGGCCUCAUCCUUCUACUCUUUUGACAACAGUGAGUUUCUUCUCAUUUCUCUGUGAAGGGAAACGGCCUCCCUUCCCUGAGGUCUUUUGACAGAAGACCCUCAGCAGAGCAGGCCCAGCCCGUGUCCCCAACAGCAGCUCAGACACCCUGCGUCCCCUCCCUCCGGGGCCCACGGGACCCCACGUGGCCAGUGCGGCUCCCAGUUCCUCUGUGUUUAGAAUCACAUGCGUAUUUCAGAGCAAACUGUAACGAUUACUCCGGACUUACUGCAGGGAUUUCUGUGACAAAGUUUAUAUGGGGUUUUUUUUUUUCCCCCUUAUACAAGCAUUGCUUUUUGAGAGAGGAAGAACAGCUUUGGGUACAACACUGAAUCCACCCAACAGUACCAGGAAAUGUUUUUAAUGACUAAGGUAUUUUUUUUUUAAUAAAGCUACGGCCAUUUAACAGGUGGUUUUGUUUCUCCCUGAAAGAUCGCGGCUGUACUCGUUCCUUGUUCUCGGUAGAGCCCUUCAGUCCUGAGGAAGACCAGGAGGAGCAGCACGGGAGCUCCUCUUGCCCAGAUCCCGCACACAGUGACCUGGGACUCGCAAGAGACCUAAUGCCUCGGGGUCCGAGUCAGCGGCCUGUGGCCACCUGCGGGGACUGUGGGAGUCCAGCCGGGCGCUGGGGGUGUUCUGUGUGACGGCAUGGAUGUCGCAAAACUCAUAAUGCUGUUAUUGUAGGUCGUGUGCCCGUCAGGCCGGUCAGGAUACUUGAGAGCUGGGCCAUCCGGGCCUGUGGGACCAGCCAGAGGGCGGGGAGGUCUCCCGGGGGCCUCUGAGCUCACGCAGAGCAGCCGUCAGCCCCACGGCGGCCUGCUGCCCGUCAGCCUUGCGCGCCCCCCGCCCUCCCCUCACAGCUCGCCAUGUCCCGUGUUUCGGUUUCAUUUCAUGGAAAGCCAGGAGUAGGUUACAAAGAAUACCACUCAUUCUUGUGUUAUGUCUGUAUCACAAAACCAGUUAAAAUGGAUUUUAGGAUUUACCUGUCGUAUUAACAACGUAUCUACUGACUUACUGCUAGGAUUCAAAACCAGUUACAUGAUGAGUUCUCCUAAGUAGUAUUUAUAAAGUGUGACGUUUCCAAGUGGCUCCGCAAUCAGAAUCCUCGGUGAUUUUUCUCACAAACACUUUCUUCUAUCAGGGUGAACGUCUCAGUCCAGCCACGUAAGACAGAAACACACCCUGCCUAGCUGCUGGGGGCGGGGGCAGCACAGGAGCCGAGCGGGAAAGCGUAGGUACCUUUUCUGCUGUGACACGUUUGGGAACGCUUCCCAGCAACAACCACUUCUGCCACAGCUACUUUCUCACAGUCAGGUGGUACGUGUUCCAACAGCAAGCUUGUAUAAUUUUAACCGGUGUUUAAUUUCUGUACGAACGCGGAAGAGUAACGUCCGCCAGACGGGGGUUGCGGGCAGAGCUGCGGCGCGCCCGCCCACAGGCCCCCGGCUCCAGGGCCCAUCUCCCAGGGGCUGCAGGGGCCUCCUGGAGAGAAGAGCCUGGUCAGCUGGCUGCUCUCUGACAACUGAAGACUUUUACGGUUUCGUUUGAGACUCUGUUUUUAAAAACAAAAUUUCUGAUCAACUGCUCAAUACAACCGAAGUGUUACUUUGUCAAAAUAUUUAUUCCUUUGUGUAACGUGCUAGGUUGCCAGGGAUGUAGCUGAUCAUUUGUACUGUAAAUAGUACCUAACUUUACACAAACAAUAUCAUAAUAAACUAUUUUUGCA